AUGGAGACCUUCCUUCGUCUCGAUCUGGUCUCUGACAUCUCCUCAACUCCAAUCAUGCACCUUCCUAGGGACCAUUCAUCUGUUGUAGACCCCAACUUCGGAGACAACACCAAGCACCCUGUUGACCCAGUCAACUUUGAUGGACUUGAUCCCAAGUUGAGCCCCGCCUGCAUUCGGACUCACGCAUUUACCCCCUCUUCCACAACCUCCGGGGUUUUUAACAAGGUCCCUGACUUCACCAACCCACCUCCAGACAAUCCACCCAUCCCCAUUGCCCCAGACAUUGAUGUGGCUGAGCCUAUCCCCAAUGUAGCCAUCACCCAAUUGGCUCAAGCUAUUGCCAGGCUGGCCUGCCAUGCCAGUCGUCCACCUCCCCCACCAUCUUCUGCUCUCCAGACUAAGUGUGAACUGAACUUUCAAGACCACCCUCUUGCUUUCGCUAGUGACCAUGCCAAGGUCAUCUUCGCACAGUCCUACCUCAAGGGCAUGGUGCUUGACUGGUUCAAGCCAGACCUACUGUUUGACCAAAACCCACUUCUUCAUCCACAUUGGAUGAACACCUAUCAAGAGUUUGUGAGUUUGUUGACAACAAGGACAAUGUUCAAAAUGAGCAUGAAGGAUGGCCAGUAA